AUGACCACACACACCAGGGGACGUCAGCAUGGUACAGAAGGUACGACCCAAUGGCAGCUGCCCAACGACUUCUAUACUGUCGGCUGGAUUUACCCCAGUUUCCAUGAAUACGUUGCCGCGCAAACCUUUGUCGGCGACAGAAACGAAGGUUCCGAAUACGUUCCAGAGAACUACAACAGGGCCGAGCCGCUUCUGUACUCACCUUAUGGGACCGGAAAUGUCCCCCAAAGCUUUCAGCUGUGCUCUCCGCUAUCCGAAUCGACUAACACACUCAGCCCAAGGGACAAGUUCGAGAUACCUGGAGCUCAAACAAGUUAUUUGGAGAACCCCUUAGCAGAGUCUUCACUAUUGGGUUCUCACCGAGAUGAUAGCACUUCGGCACAUUUCAUGCUUCGCAGGCCAGGUGAUGCUCUGGCUUUUCAGACAAGCAUCUCAACCGUCCCCAUGCUCAGCCCUCAGAAUUCCAAGACAAAUUUACUCUGCUCACCUCCGGCCAUAAUCCUUCUCUUUUUCGUCAUCGGUGUCGGGUCUGCAGUUGGCCACCAUCUUUGCUACCGCUCCCUGAACGGACGUGAGGUAUCCUCGGAGCAAGAGCAGCAAUGGGCCAUUCGAAUCGGAACCGGGCUAGCCUUUUCUGCAAAAGUCGCAUUGGUUUCUUCCAUCGUCCUGGCAUACACCCAAAGGCUUUGGGUUACCGUCAGGAAGCGCUCAUGGACGCUUCAGAAUCUCGACGAUGCCUUUUCUCUCCCCACCUCGCCUCUAUCCUUCUUCAGCGUCCCUUUGCUGAGGAAGGGCAAAGUACUUUACCUAUUGGCUAUUUGCAUUUGGACCAUUCCAUUCGUUGCGCUUGUCACGCCCGCCACUCUGUCGGUCAGGGCCGGCGUUCUUAGUACAACUGAACCAGCAAGCGUACCUAUUCCUUUAUGGCUGAACGAGACUACAAACGACACGAGCUACUGGGCGCACUGGGGCGGUGCGGGCUAUCAAGCUGGGCCAUCUGUCUCCCUCAGCCAUCUGGUAUUCACAGCGGCAACUUCAAUGUCCAUCAUUCCGUCCACGGCGCCUUUUCUAAAUGCUUCUUUUACUCUGGAAUUCCCAGGGCCGUCUCUGAGAUGCACAAAUGUAUCUACCGUCAUCGCUGCAAAUGCCACAAUGGGCCGUCUUUGGAACCGGACCAUGUAUGAAAAUACCCACCACACAAUCAUCUACAAAGCCAACACGACCGAAAGAGAAGGGCUCUAUAACCAUAUAUUCAUCUCCGUGGGCGGAUUUGAUCGCGGCUCUCACUAUUCUUGCAGCUUAUACAACGCCACUUACAAGGUCCGAUUCACAUUCCGCGACGGCGUGCAGUCUACAAUCUUUGACCGGCCAACCAUUCCCCCUUCGGCUGCCCCAUUGCAAAUCAAAGGGUUUUACUGGACGGACUUUGCUCCGAGCGAACUAGCAUACAUGUCCAUGUUCCAGGCAGUCACGAGGCGCCUCCUCGUCGCACGCUUGAGCAUAGGAUCCACCGGCAUACUCAACGGAGAUGACACCAGCGGCAUCCUUCUGACGAGCGUCGCGGCCUGCGACGAGUUCCCAAGCAUAUCCUCCGACGCGCUCCUUGUGAACCAGACCGAGCCCUGGAUGUGCCCGUCGGGAAGCGUGGCGCGCGCCGUGGAGGACCUCUGGCAUAACGUCACGCUCAGCACGCUCAGCUCGAGAGUGUUUGGUCGAAAGCGGACCAGCGUCCAGGCCGAGGUCGAGAUGACGCGCAAUUUCUACAGCUACGAGGCUGUGCUCCUCUGGCAGGCGUAUAGCGUCGCCAUCGUCGCGGCGCUGGUGUGCGUCGUCGUUGGGAUGCAUUCCUAUGUUGCGAAUGGGUACAGCGCUUCGAAUUCCUUCUCUACCAUCCUGCUGGCUACAAGGAAUCCAGACCUCGACUGCUUGCUGUCAGGUAAGGAUGCGGCGCGGGCAAGAUUGAGAUAUGGUGUUGUUGCAAAGUCGGCGGACGGUGAAGGGCUUGAUCAUGCUGCGUUUGGGCUGGUGCAGACUGUCGAGCCAUCCGGCAGGGGCGAUAUCAAGUCUUGA